CAGAGGGAGGUGUGCUUCACCGUGUCCUGAAAUUUCCUCAGCAUUCCUCCUCAACUUAGACUGCUGUUAGUCGCAGCGGCUCUCUCGCAAGGCGCUUGUCUUACAGCUCGGCGAGUCAUGGCCGGACCGACCUGGACUUAACUUUCCAGAGUUUUUCUGCAGCGGCUACUGGCUACACUUCCUCUCAGAUGGAGUCAUUCGUAUCGCGGCUUGUUGUAGGUCCUCCUCUCCUGAAGGAACAAGGUUUUGAUUUGGCAAUUGGAAAGCAGCACGACUCGUAGUAGCUCUACUACACUUCACUCUUUCUUUCUUCUUUUUUUGCUUCGACACCUUCACCAAGUAUUUUCGGGCUGUUUUAUUUUUCUUUUUUUUUGGAAUGGAAAUAGUCCACAUAAGCCUGUCAUGUCCUGACAAACACUCUCAAGAAAGAAUGAAGUAGCCGCGAUGGAGACGGACAAUGCCCCGUACUCCAAACUCAAACCAGCUGGAGUCGGGGGGAGAACUUUAUUUCUCUGCACGGUCCUCUACUGUACUUGCUAUCUGGGGUUGGCACAAGUACAGUUUGAAGAUGUGGACAUCCUCCAGAAGCUGGGUCUGGUUGGGAAGAAACCUACCACUGGGACACGCUCCACUCCACAGGGCGUCAUCCCCUUCAAGUCAGGAGUCAUCCUUACACAGCGGGCACGAAUUGAAGUGCCUGUGAGCUCUGUGGUGCCACUUGCUCUGGGCACAGAGUUCACCCUCAUCCUCAGUGUUUGCUCACAUCGCAUAAACAAUGCCUUCCUCUUUACUGUCGUGUCAAGGAGGAAGAGACUGCAGCUAGGGGUGCAGUUCAUCCCUGGGAAAAUUGUAGUCUAUGUGGGCCAAAAGAACUCUGUAAAUUUUGAUUAUGACAUCCACAAUGGCCAGUGGCACAACCUGGCUUUGGACGUCCAACCUCAAAGGGUUACUUUAUAUACUUCUUGUGGGAAGACAAGUGUACAUGCAAAUUUGCAUUUAAAAAAUGAAGAAACUCUGGAUCCAGAAGGCUCCUUUCUUUUGGGCAAAAUGAGCCACAACUCAGUGCAGUUUGAAGGAGCAAUCUGCCAGUUUGACAUUCAUCCUUCUGCUAAGGCAGCUCACAACUAUUGUAAGUACAUUAAAAAACAGUGCAGGGAAGCUGACACCUAUCGACCAAAUCUUCCGCCCAUUUUACCACUGUUACCCUUGGAUCCUAAUAUCUCCAUCACCGUUCGGACACCUGUUGCCGUAACUGAGCUAAUCAACAAAGGUUUUACCCCUAGUCUGUCACUAACACAAGGUAAGAUGAGGACUAACUCUGAAAGCCAUGGAGGUCUUAACUCUUCCAUCCUAACAACAUUACGGUCUGGUUCCUUGUCCCUGGCUGUACAAGGAACAGUGCCUCCGAGGACAGCCAAACCAACUCUACAACUUCCGGUACUGGCCAAAACAUCCACCGUUACUGUCCCUCUUAGGACCAGUGGGUCACCAACACUUCCCAAACCUACUCAACCAAGCAUCCCCAACAAGAACGGUCAUGAGAUAACUAAUAAAUCCCAGAAAUCCAAAGGGAACAGCAUGUCUGUGUCAGCCAGGCCAACCAGAACAAGGCCAAGUGUUCCUCCUUCUGCAGCCACCAAACUAAGGCCUUCUAGCAGUUACAGCCUUUUGCCUUCCUUAAAGAGGCAGGUUACCACUGUAGUUGUGAAGAGAUCUGUGCCAGAGGCGACCACCUUUCUGUCUUCCAAGCACACCUCGUUUGUCCCUGUCACUCCUGCUGCCACUGAUGGUUUUCAAACCUUCGACCUGGAGCCAACACAGUUUUCCCUCCUGGCUGGUCCACCUGGAUUGAAAGGAGAACCAGGACCACCGGGACCUCCAGGGCCUCCUGGCAAGCCAGGAUUACCAGGGAAACGAGGGCCCCGGGGUCCUCCAGGUCCACAUGGAAAUCCCGGUCGUCCAGGGCCUCACGGGCUCAAGGGAAGAAAGGGAGACCCUGGACUUUCACCUGGCAGGGCGCCAAAUGGAGCAAAAGGGGACCCUGGCAUAUUGGGCCUGCACGGACCACCUGGCCAAGCUGGUCGAAAGGGACAGAAAGGUCAUCCUGGACCACCUGGCCAUCCUGGAGAGCCUGGGGAGCGAGGGUCUGAUGGAAGUCCAGGUGCCAAAGGUUAUCCUGGCAGGCAGGGUUUGCCUGGGCCUAUAGGAAAUCCAGGACCCAAAGGAGUUAGGGGCUUCAUUGGAAUGCCUGGUCUCUUUGGUCUCCCAGGACCUGAUGGAGAAAGAGGUAUUCCUGGUGUUCCUGGGAAGAAGGGCAAGAUGGGUAGGCCGGGCUUUCCUGGAGAUUUUGGCGAGAGAGGACCUCCAGGGCCUGACGGAAACCCAGGGGAACUGGGUGCACCUGGUCCUACUGGAGUACCUGGCCUUAUUGGUGACAUGGGGCCUGUUGGGAUCAUAGGUCUUCCAGGACCUAUUGGACUCAAGGGGGUGCUGGGGAAUCCAGGAGAGCCUGGACUGAAAGGUGAUAAGGGUGAAGUUGGUUUGCCAGGAGAGCCCGGAGAGCCUGGUUUCCAAGGUGACAAGGGUAUUCAGGGUUUACCAGGUAUGCCAGGCAUCCGAGGGAAGUCGGGGCCACAGGGGAAGUCUGGAGAUCACGGCCCAGACGGUUUGCCCGGCCCCCCUGGCCCAGAGGGCUUUCCAGGUGAUAUUGGACCACCAGGACAGAAUGGCCCAGAAGGCCCAAAGGGGAAGCCAGGAGCACGAGGUAUACCUGGUCCAAGUGGAGCUGCCGGACUUGAGGGUGAUGAAGGGCCAGUUGGACCAGCCGGGUCACCAGGACUGGAGGGCAGGCCUGGGAGGAAGGGAUUCUCUGGAAAGCCAGGAGCGGAUGGGCCCAAGGGUGAGCCUGGAAUAACUGGAAAAGUUGGAAUGGUUGGGGAAAGGGGACUUGUGGGGUUUAUUGGGCCUGUUGGUGAGACUGGACUUCCGGGGGAGAAGGGUGACCGUGGAGAGAUGGGUCUACCAGGGCCGCCGGGAGAAAAGGGAGCGAUGGGACACCCAGGAACACCGGGCGAGCAAGGGGCACCUGGACCUCCAGGAAUACCUGGACCUUCCGGUUCGAGAGGACUCAGUGGCAACAGAGGACCUAAAGGAAUGAGGGGGGCACAGGGGCCUGAUGGACCAGCUGGGGAGAAAGGGUCAGUGGGAAGCAAGGGUCCGGAUGGUCCGCCAGGAAAGUUGGGUUUUCCAGGGCUGAUGGGAAAGAUCGGUGCAACAGGGGAAUCUGGAGCGCCAGGAUUUCCAGGCAUUCAAGGACCCUCUGGACCUCCUGGAGCAAAGGGAAUCCCAGGAGAGCCUGGACCUUCAGGACCAGCAGGAGCAAUGGGCCCUCUGGGAGAGAUUGGAAUGAAGGGCCCACCAGGAAAAGUUGGGGAAUUGGGCUUACCAGGAGAACCAGGAGAGAAGGGUGCUGUCGGGCCUCCUGGGAACAUUGGUGAACCCGGCUUGAUUGGACCAAGAGGUGAGCCUGGGCUUGAUGGCGAAGCUGGACCAAGCGGCCCUGACGGUGCCAAGGGUGAAAAGGGGGAUAUGGGAGUAGAGGGUGAUCAAGGAGAAAAAGGAGAAAUAGGACUGAAAGGAAAGGAGGGGCACCCCGGAGAUCCUGGCUUAGUUGGCGUCAGGGGUCCUGAAGGCAAACCUGGAAAAAUUGGAGAGCGGGGUAAACCAGGAGAGAGAGGUAGCAAGGGUCACCAAGGUCACCUCGGUGAGACUGGGGAAGUUGGCGACCAGGGACCUGUGGGUUUCCCUGGGCCAAAAGGAAGCAGAGGAACCAUCGGAUUUGUGGGUGCACCUGGAAAAAUGGGCAUACAAGGAGAGCCAGGCCUGUCUGGAUAUGAAGGUCACCAAGGACCUCAAGGUCCAAUUGGCCCCCCAGGACCAAAAGGCACAAAGGGUGAGCAAGGGGAUGAUGGGAAGACUGAAGGUCCCGCUGGUCCUCCAGGUGACAUCGGCCCUGUUGGACAUAGAGGAGACAGAGGAGAACCAGGUGACCCUGGCUACCCAGGUCAGCCAGGUGUAGACGGCGAAAGAGGAAAACCUGGGGCUCCAGGAUUACCUGGAAGUCCUGGUCCAAGUGGCGUACAAGGGCCCAAAGGAUCCAAAGGCAGCCAAGGUUUGAAAGGCAAAAAGGGUGUUCAAGGUGAAUCUGGCAGCAGAGGGUCCUCUGGUACUGUCGGUCUCCCUGGUCCCAGAGGAGUUGUCGGCCGAGAGGGACUUGAGGGCAUGCCUGGCAUGGAUGGACCUCCUGGAAAAGAUGGGAGCAAAGGAAUGCCAGGGGAGCAGGGAAGCGAUGGAGAAAUUGGUUUACCUGGAAACGCAGGUCCCCGUGGCAACACAGGACCACCAGGCUUGCGAGGCAGUCAAGGCUCCUUUGGACCAAAGGGUGAGAGAGGUCUUCCAGGUGAGACUGGACCCAUAGGCAAGCGUGGAAUCCCCGGAGGCAUGGGCAUGCAAGGGAAGCAGGGUGACCCUGGGGUUAAAGGACAACCUGGGGAUCCUGGUGCACAGGGAUUCCCUGGAAUUCUUGGAAUGUUUGGACCUAAGGGUCCACCAGGUGAUAUUGGCCCUUCUGGCAUCCAGGGGCCAAAAGGACCACAAGGCUUGAUGGGAAGGGAAGGCACCAUUGGACCAGUCGGGAUCAUUGGCCCCAGUGGAUAUCCAGGACCACAGGGGGACAAAGGAAGUCGAGGGGAAACGGGUGUACCAGGACCAAGGGGACCUCCAGGUCCUCAAGGACCACCGGGACCCCCAGGCCCACCUGGUGUUCCUCUGUCACUUAAAAAUGAGGCGCUUGGUGCGGCUUUUCAAGUUAUAAUUGAUUCCUACUCUGCACUGAGUUCUGAGACAUACUCAGACGUGGACCUCCCCAUGCUGGACCAGGGAACAGAGAUCUUUAAGACCCUUCACUACCUCAGUAACCUGAUCUACAGCAUCAAGAACCCACUGGGAACCCAGGAGAAUCCAGCCAGGAUGUGCAGGGACCUGCUGAACUGUGAGCAAAGGAUGAACGAUGGCACUUACUGGAUUGACCCAAACUUGGGCUGCUCAUCUGACACAAUUGAAGUGACCUGCAACUUCACCGGAGGAGGCCAGACCUGCCUGAGGCCAGUUACUGUGUCCAAGUUGGAGAUGGGUGUGGGUCUCAUCCAGAUGAACUUCAUCCACCUGCUGAGCUCUGAGGCUGUACAGCUCCUCACCAUCCACUGCCUGAAUGUACCUGUAUGGGCUACAGCAGCCUCCAGACCUCCUUCCCCAAACGCUGUGCUGUUCAAAGCCUGGAAUGGACAGAUGAUUCAGGCUGGAGGGCUCAUUCAGCCUGAGCUGCUGAAGGAUGACUGUUGGAUGACAGAUGGACGGUGGCAUCAGACCCAGUUCCAGUUUCGGACACAGGACCCAAACCUACUGCCGAUAGUGGAUGUGCUCAACCUUCCCAGCGCCAAACCUGGAUCUAACUACCACCUGGAAGUGGGGCCCGUGUGCUUCUUAUAGAGAGCAGAGGAACAGGCUGUGAACCUUUUUACUCAGCAGAGAGAGACACAGAGACAUAUGGAGGACUAUGGUCCAGAAAUCUCUGCUCCAGUUUAGACUGCAAACCCGAGACACGUGGAAGACAAGAUCCAGAGCGUUUUGGGGGAGAACAGGACUUCUCACCCCAACAGCUCUGUGGACAAAAUGCUCUUUUUCUUUGAAGGGCUACUUCCUUUCUUCUGUUUUUGUACCUGAGACUUGGAAAACUGAGCAAUGCUCUCGUCUCGAACUGUAAGAAAAGUUAAUUUAUUCACACGGUUUUGCAAAAGUCCCGUCUCCUAUUGCAAACAGGUGAAGAAAAGGAAGCUACACAUGUAUUUGCAUUUACAGUACUUUUGUAUCAUUUUGUAACACAUAUGUAUUUAUACAUGUAUGUAUAUUUUCUGUAAAGUGCAAUAGAAACCAGAGAGAUUUUGUUGUAUAAAGAUGAAUCCUAUAUUUGGCUGUUCUAGGGAAUCUAGGUUUACUGUCAAACUGUUCAGGUUUGGUGGCUGAGUCAAGUGAGUGCACACAAACACGCUCCAGCGCGUAUCUAAGUCAGGUUUCGUUCACAAUUCCGGGAGGUGGAUUCAGACUUGAAAGUGUCAUUAAAUGUCUACCUCCAAUCUCACAUUUUUAUGGUGCUUUAGGAAAAUCAGCUUCAAACAAAUACAUAGAUAUGUCUCCUGUGGUUGAACUGCAUAUGAAAAGCAAGGUUGUGCUUACAUCCAUCAAAUGUCUAUAAAUUAAGUGCCUUUUGUACUUUGAAAGGGAAUAUUUUUGUAUAAACAGAAAAAAGAAAAAACAGUGUCCUUUUAUGCAGCCAUAUUUUCACAGACGUUCUUGUGCCUCAUCUGUACAUUUCUUUGGACUCUAUAAAGGUGUUAACAAAAAAGUGUUUUAUAAAUUCUGGCUUUGUUGAGUCUGAAAGCUGCCACCUUUGCCAGGACAAGCUAAGCUACAGUGUUUUAAUAUUCCUCGUUUAAACAGGCAGUUUGUGGUACCUCUAAGCAUAGUCCACGUACAUGAUAGAUAAAAUCACCAGAAACGCAAACACUCCUGUUAGCACUUCAUUCAGUUCCACAAGCCCUGUCUGACUGCACAUAUGAUCAUUUGCCCUUGACAAAGUGGCUGUUCUUCUUGCUCUGAGAACAUCUUUCGUACUGUGUAAAAGUCAGAGACCACCCUUAAUGGAUUUCAUUUCAACACAAAAAUAGCCAUGAAGUGCACGUUAUUCAUUUUUCAUCAUCAGGGAAAAAAGCAGGAAGCAAAUGUUUAACAGAAAAUGACAGAAGCCUCAACAAGUAAGUAUAAUAGU